AGAGAGAGAGAGAGACACAGACAGACACAGAGAGAGAGACGUGUGAUUUCUCUUUGUACUGAAUGAAGAGUUGAGACUGGCCCUGCUUCUGCUCACCUCUCUCUCUUUUCAUAUAAGCAGAGUUCGCGUGCUGUAAAUAGCCCAUUACGCCUGUUUACACCUUGCGUUUCGCCGUAAGUCCCGUUUUGUGCUUUUUGCGGAAGCGGCCGGACCACAGCAGAUGUCCCCGUGAGCGAUCUGCGGACAACAAAAGCAUCAGAGCGACCAUGGCAGCCGUAACGAGCCCGGAGACGAGCCCUCAACCCCGGGUGUAUUUCCAGACGCCGGGCGGCGCCGCGGAGGAGCCGGAGACGCCGGUUCGCAAGCAGGGACGCGUGACCGUCAAAUACGACCGCAAGGAGCUGCGGAAGAGACUGAACCUGGAGGAGUGGAUUAUCGACCAGCUAACGGACCUGUACGACUGUGAGGAGGAGGCCAUCCCAGAGCUGGAGAUCGAUGUGGAUGAGCUGCUGGAUAUGCCCAGUGACGUUGAGCGGGGAGCCAGGGUCAAGGAGUUACUGGUUGACUGUUUUAAACCUACGGAGGACUUUGUCUCGGAGCUUCUCGACAAGAUCCGAGGGAUGCAGAAGCUCUCCACGCCUCAGAAGAAAUAAUGGCAACCUUCCCCAACCCCCCCUCCUGCCCCUUUCCCACCACCCUUCCAUCCAACUCGGCCCUCACCGUCUUCCUGCUUGUCUUUACUGUCAUACUUCAACUAAACCUUGUUUCCUUUAAUGGAUACACCCUCCGCUUCCCGUUGUUCCCCCCCCCCUUGCCUGGAUCCGGCCGCCAUUAAUUCCCUCUUAACCUUCAGCGGAGAAGAAAAAGUAAAGAAUGCAUAUCGGAGGAGAAAACCACAACAAGUGAUUCAUUGGUCUUUAUCCAGGCUCCUCUCCUGUCUCUUUUUCCACUCCCGCUCCUCCUUCGCCCUUUUGUUCGGCUCCACUCCUCUUCCUCAUCCCACCCUGCGUCUGUCUGAGGAGGACGAGCAGAGGAGCGGAGACGAGACGAGUCCCAUAAUUACCCCGAGAGCGGGGCGGAAAGAGGAACGAGGGUCCGCAUCGGCCGCGAGGAAGGGCGGAAGGCUGGCAGCCAAUCAGCUUGGAGCGGGGCCCUAAUCAUCGCGUUUGUCGCUUCUAAUGAGAGUCCUUAUUUUGUUAUUCGUGAGGGGUUUGAACUUGUAGACGAGCCAGCUACCAAUCAUGACUCUCUUGACACUUCCUAGUACAGUUUGAGGGAAAGGGAACAUUCACUUGACUUUAGUUUUUCCGUCAGCACAGUCAGAGACGUUUGCUAGUGGUGCAUUUAAAGACUGACGUUUUUGUGUGUGUGUGGGUGUGUGUGUGUGUGCGCGUGUGUGUGGGUGUGCUGAAAAUCUGCACUAUGUCAUUUCUGAAGAAAAUCUGAACCUUUGACCACAAGGACUUUAGUCCAGCGAAGAGGUACAAUUUCAUCCCAUAAUAUGUUGGUUGAACCUUUAAAAAAAGCCACUGGCUGUUGUGGUCGUACAUUCCAACCAAUGGACUAAUAUUCUUCCUGUGAGGCUAAAAUAGAAGUAGUUUAUUUUAGGUGGGGUGUGCUUUUAUAGGAUUUCGGGGGGGGAUAGCAUAUGUUUUUCUUUCCUUAAAUGCGUAGUGCAGUGAGUGGUUCUUUAGAAGCCUUUGCUGUCUGCACAUGCGUAUGUGCGUCCGUGUGUUGCUAAAUGCUACGUGUGCGUGUUGCUACAUAAUGUACAGCAACAUUCAUCAUAGGAGUGUUUUUACUGGCCUGUAUAUUCUGCUGUUCUGUACGACAAUUUAGAUUUUGUAGUAUAGGACUGGUUCCUGUUUUUCUGGUUGCAUUCUCUCACACACACACACACACACACACACACACACACACACACUCUGACAGUCCAACUAGGGGACCCAGAACAAAGCUGCCUUGUUUUUUUUUGUUUCUUAGUCCCUUUCUAUGUCCUUUUCACACUUUCUCUCCUUUUCACUUUAUUCAGUCCGCCACAUAAUUGUGUAUUUGGCGGACGUCAUUGCAGAGCAGGCACAAAACUGAAAAUGUCUCUGGAGCCCAGCGUUCGUUGGUGGCGAGACUUUGUAACGUCCCCUGACUGUCAGCAGACCCACCGAUGGGACCUCUCAAUGGGAGGGAGGGAGACCACUGUUUUACAUUGAAGCUGUCGAAAAGCACUCGCCCUUCCUUUUCUUCUUUGUCGCACACAAACGCACACAGAGGCCACCCUCCGGGGGGGCGGAGAGAACGGAAACAUAUUCGCAAAUACAGCUGCCUCGUCCGCAGAUGUGCACACACACACACACACACACACACACACACAAAGUGCUGAGAGAGAGAUCGAAGCUGUCAAAAGGUUUGUGUUUCCUCGCCGCAGCUGCCAAUCAUCUCUGAGAAUAAGCCAUCUUUGUCUCAUCCUGAGCCAAUCAAAUCGGAGAAUGAAGCCGACCGGCCUAUAGGAGAAGUGAAAGCAUUCGCUGCGAGUCCUGUGACCAGUCGGGAACACCUGCAGGGGACAGCAGUCCUCUGAUGCCUGUCUCCUUCUCUCACUGCCAACACACACACGCACACACACACACACACACACACACACACACACACACACACACACUGGCCCACUUCUAUCUUGCUGCUCUGUCAUCCCCCCAACAUCCACUAUCUCCUCUUCCUCCCGGUCCGUUCCUCCCUCUCUCCAUCCCUUCUUCCCGUUUCCUCUCCUUUUUAAAAAAACAAACAGAUGUUGCCUUAGGUAUUAUUUAUGUUAUACAAACCAAAUAAACGGGAGACAUUCAUUUUUAAAAAGGUUACGCAAACUGCUUAACACUUGUGUUACUGAGCAGAACCGCAGCGCAUGAAGACUUGAAUCUUCUGCCGCUUUCUUUCUUUUUUGAAAAACUAUGAGAUUCUGUUUUUUUUAUUUGUUUUUUUUAGAAGUGAGUGUUUAAUACUUAGGCCUUGAUACAGUGAUUUUAAUUAGAUAAAACAAUGUUCUUGACAUUUACCGUUUGAAUACUGAUCUGUUUUUAUUGUGGUCAUGAUAUUUCUUGAUGCCCAGCCUUGGAUUACCACGUAGUAGAACAAAAAAUCCAUUCAGGUACACUUUGGUGCGAUUGCUUUUGCCUUCCUGGUGCGGUUUCCAAGAGCCUUCUGCUUUUCAGAUUGUACCAUGCAAACUCGAUCAGUAGGUGAAUUUGAGUGGAUUUUAAUUCCUAAAUCCGGGGUUUGGAUUAUAUCUUCUUAGACUGUUAUUGAGAAGUCUGUUUUUUACUGUUGGGAAAAAUUGCAAAAAAGUAUAUUUACGGAUUAUCAUAAUUGAGGCUAAAUACAAGAGCUAAACCAUGCGGAUAGACGGAACGGGGAUAUUUUUGGGACAAUGAUUAGAUUUAACAAACAAAUGUAGCAAUAUCAACAACAGGUCUUAUUUUUGCGCAAUUUUGUUACACUUUUAUGCAACUUUAAUAAAAACAUGUAAAAUUUA